CUCUCUUCUCUCUGCAGGCUGGAGGCUGGCCGGGAGCACAUGCUGCCCAUCGACUAUUACUUUCCACCUCAGAAGACGUGUCUGAUCUGCGGCGAUGAGGCGUCCGGGUGCCACUACGGAGCCCUGACCUGCGGGAGCUGCAAAGUGUUCUUCAAGCGGGCGGCCGAAGGUAAGCAGAAGUACCUGUGUGCCAGCCGGAACGACUGCACCAUUGACAAGUUCAGGAGGAAAAACUGCCCAUCCUGCCGCCUGCGGAAGUGCUACGAGGCAGGGAUGACUCUUGGAGCCCGCAAGCUGAAGAAGCUGGGCAGCCUGAAGACACAAGACGAAGCCGAGGCAGCCAGCUCGUCCAGCCCCACGGAGGAGCAAGCUCCUAAGAUGGUGAUGACACAUGUCAACGGCUUUGAGUGCCAGCCCAUUUUCCUCAAUGUGCUGGAAGCCAUCGAGCCUGCUGUGGUGUGUGCCGGCCACGACAACAGCCAGCCAGAUUCCUUCUCCAACCUGCUGAGCAGCCUGAAUGAGCUUGGGGAGAGGCAGCUGGUCUACGUUGUUAAGUGGGCAAAGGCUUUGCCAGGAUUUCGCAAUUUGCAUGUGGACGACCAGAUGUCAAUAAUCCAGUAUUCUUGGAUGGGUCUCAUGAUUUUUGCCAUGGGUUGGAGAUCUUUCACUAACGUCAACUCCAGAAUGCUUUACUUUGCUCCAGAUUUGGUCUUCAAUGAGUACCGGAUGCACAAAUCCAGAAUGUACAGCCAAUGCGUCAGGAUGCGGCAGCUCUCCCAGGAGUUUGGGUGGCUUCAGAUCACGCCCCAGGAGUUUCUCUGCAUGAAGGCUCUGCUCUUCUUCAGUAUUAUUCCAGUGGACGGCCUGAAGAACCAGAAGCUCUUUGAUGAACUUCGCAUGAAUUACAUUAAGGAACUCGAUCGGAUCAUCGCUUGCAAGAGGAAGAACCCCACCUCCUGCUCUCGGCGGUUUUACCAGCUCACCAAGGUCCUGGACUCCGUGCAUCCUAUUGCCAAGGAUCUGCAUCAAUUUACAUUUGAUCUUUUAAUUAAGGCCCAUAUGGUGAGUGUGGACUACCCGGAAAUGAUGGCAGAGAUCAUCUCUGUGCAGGUUCCCAAGAUUCUGUCUGGAAAAGUGAAACCCAUUUACUUCCAUGCGGAGUGAUCUUUCGGAGGGACUCCCAGUUGCAUCGCCUCCAUCUCAGCCACCUCUGCCUAUUGUUUCUGCACUACUGUACUGCAGUGCCUUGGGGAAUCCUGUCCAAAGAGAUGAUGUGCUGCCAGGCAGGCAGUAGCAAACUCCUCCCUGCUGGGGUUCUUUCAAUUUCUCUCUUUCCUGUGGUAUCUCUGACUGAACUCCUGCCAGGGUCUGGCUGCUCGGUGGCAGGGACGCCCUGUCUGCAGCACUUGGGGGUGGUUACUCCUUUAUUUCCUGCAGUGACUUUUAGUGCCCUAGGGCUAUGGGAGAGUGGGAGAUGUGCCACCAGCUCUUGUAUUUCUGUAAACCAAAACAAGGUGAGGCACAGGCCGACUCUCUAAGUGUGGGUGUGGGUACCUUUACCGGCCUCCUCUGGGACUUCUUAUGUGUGCUAUGGUGCUGGGAAGCAGAUGCAUUGAAUUCUGCAGUAGCGCAACUGAGGGGAAGAGAUGAAUUGCAACCCAAUGAAUGAGAGAACCCUCAGAGCCGGACGGCACCCGGCAGUCACCGUGCAGGGCUGCUCAUCCCUAUGUUGCUCGGCUCCACACGUGGCUGCUGGAGGGAGGAUGGGCUCCGGAAGGCUCCAUUGCUGAUGGCUGCUGCUUUCCCCCCGGGGCACCACUCCUGAGGUGAGCUGGAUGCUGCCCGCUCAGCAGUGUGCUCCCAGCACUCCCAUCUCCGUUCCGAUCUGCUCAGACAUGGCUGUGCCACCUCCACAAGUGCCUGACGCCUCUUGGACCUCAGACCCUCAGCAGCCAAACCCCUGCCUGCACCCCUCCCCCGCUCUGCUCACACGGGGUGCCCACACAGCCAGCAUCUCAGCUCCCUCAUCUGUCUGCCGUCUCUCCACGGCAGCAGGUGGGAACUCCAGAAGCGAAGCAGCCAGGCCUGGCCCUGCGGGAUGGGUGACUGUGGGCGUUAGCCCUGUCCUUGGGAGAUGGCUGCAGUAACCACCUGUGGUUGGCAUCAUCCUGUGCUCACAGAGCUUUCUGGGGAUGGAGUGAUGAAACGGUGAAUGUGGGCAUAUCGUUUAGAGUGAGACGCAUCAAAGGUUGAUUCUGAUGGCUCCCAGUGGUCUGGGAUGUUGAACAGCCCCCAGCCUGCACUGGGUCUGUCUGGCAGGCUGCGCUCACGUGGCACAGGCACUGCUUCGCUCCUGCUGCUGCUGCUCUCUCCAUGUGACAGGGAGUGGGGCAGGGAAAGACGUGCUGCGCUCCGUGCCCCCUCAUAUCCUCAAGUAGCUGUGUGCCAGAUGUCUUUAAAAGCAAAGGCAGCUGGGUUCAGCCCGUUGGUUGCCAUGUGCACAGCCUCCCGGCUGCUGUGUGGAUUCUCCUACUUCUGGGACCUGUUCAGAGCUGAGCAUAACCUCCAGCUCUGUUGGCAAAGCCCAUGGGUGCAGCCGGGUUUUUUGUGAGCAGGAACAAGCAUUUAAUGUUACAGAUAUUCUUCAAUCGUUCUAUAGGGUUUCCAUUAAGGGAGGAGGUGGAGAAAAACGACACAGAACUAUUGAACCAAUGCUCUUUCUGUACAGCCAUUUGUGUUGAGAUCUCCUCUCUGGGCCGUGGCUCUGUUUGUGCUCUUCCUCCUGACGUCCUCCCAUGUAGGUGGGCACAUUCUGCAAGACCCAGUGUGCUCAGCAGCCCUCUAUUGCUGCACCUUCGGUGUCGGUAUGAUCUGUUCAUACACGCAGAUGAAUCAGUGGAAGGCCCUGCUGGUGUUCUCUUCUGUUCUUGAAUGUUUUUUGGCUGUUAGCAGAAGAGAAUGAUGAAUAAUGGGCUCGGUAAUGCCUUGAUCUCUGUCAUCAACAGGAGGAUGUUUAUAAUCGGUCUAAAUGGCCUCUUUGGAGAGGUUUACAUUUUGCGUACGCUUGUGUCAGUAAGGUUUCAUUACUUAAGUGCAUCCUGCUGGGUAUUUUUCUGCUGGGAGAGGGGGAAGAAACGAAAUUUGAUACGGACUUGCAUGCACCCACCUGCUGCUGCGUAGGGAGCGGGGCUGUGCAGCAGGCUGUGCCCCCAGCUGUGUGCUGCUCUGUGCUCCCUGCUGCUCUGUGCUAUGGACGCUCUGCCAGCGUGAGCCCCAGUGCCUAUGCGGGGCCCAAGCUGUUCCCUGCAGCUCUUCUGUUUCAAAGUAAAUUUCUGCAAUGUUUUUUCCCCUGUUUUCUGGCUGUUUGCGAUGAUGAUGGAGGGGUUGCUGGAGGAUGGGGAGCCGGGGCAGCGGCACCCGAGUGUGUGUUUGCCAGGAGGACGUUAACAGUGUCUCUUGGUUUAUUUCCAUUGGCUGCUGCAGGAACUGGAAAAAACAAACAAACAAAAAAAACAAAAAAACAAGAAAUACCAAAGUCCAGAUCCUGCUGUAUAUCUUUGUACUUUGUGUUUUCUUCUGCAUUUUCUUGUCUAUUUUUGCUUUAAUAAAGCGAAGAGAAUCUCACCAUCGUUCUCAUCCUGUUGCAGUUGACCUGGGGGUCCCAGCUGAGCUCCCAUCCCCGUGCAGGGCCAACUCAGACCCUGGGCUCCCUGGGAAGGCACAGUGCAGCUGAGGAGUGCACGGCAGGGCAGCAGCACAGCCCAGCACUGCUGUGACACCUCUGCUUGUACGCUGAAAGGAGCCUUAGCUCAGCUUUGGAGCUAAGCCCAGGCAGUGAGCAUCCUGCCCCACGCAUAGGUAGGCAAACAGCAGCGGGUCAGUCCUGGGGAGCUGAGCUCUGUUAGAACACAGAAUGGCUUUGCACCCUCCAGUCAGGGCAGUGCUGUUUGCCACAGCCACACAGCUGCCACUGCCGUGGGGAUCUCUCCUGAGACGUUUUGAUAACAAACUGUAUGUUAAACGUAUGUGUACAUAUGCACAGGCAUGCCCCCAUUUAUACUGCUGAAGGUAGCUGUUCUAUUCCUGCUAAUGAGCUUUCUUUCUGACUGCACACCGAGUGCACUUGGGUAUUCAUGCGGUGGUGAGGCAGCGUGUGCCAAUAGUAACAGAAGUUUUGGGUGAUUUUUUGAGGCCCUGCACUGCCCAGGUUUCCGAGGCCCAUCCUUGCAUGGCAUGGAUGCAACACACUGGGGGCCCCAGUGUCAGCAUGCAGCUCUCCUCCCACUGCUCUGGGCAACAGGGACGGGGUGGCAGCUGAGGGACAGCAGAGCACCUUUAUCUCUGCUCUCUUCAGCUGCACAAAGCAUCCGUGCACUUCAGGACAGAAUCCUGGGACUGUGCCUAUUUUCUCACCACUUCAAAGUAGAAAUACGUUCUUACAACGCAGUGACUGCUGGAAUGGCUCUGAUUCCUGCUGCCUGGUGGGAGCAGCCACAGCCGAGGUGCUGAUGCUGUCUGUCCCUGGGUGCUGGGAAUGGUGCUAUGGGGCAACCCGUCCUCAGCACUAAGCUGCAGAAAUGCUGCUCCAGUGCCACAUCUGCGGAAGGUGUGGGCCUCCGGAACAGCAGCUCGGGCUGUGAGCUGCCCACAGCUGUGUUCUGGCAUUGUGGUCACUGCUUUGAGGAAGCAAGGAGAGACUUCUGUUCAUUCUUACUGAAAACAGCAGGAAAACCUGCGUUUACAAUUUGAAAAGUACAUAUCUGCACCAAAUAUAAAACCACAGUAAGUUUAUAAUAAGCUGCUCUCUGUGCCGGGUGUUUUGUGCUCUGUGGCAAUUUAAUGCUGGUUUAUUUGUUAACUUGUCUCUGUAAUAAAAAGAGUUCUCUAUAUUGAUACACUUUAUUCCCUUUGCAACCAGCCAAAAAGCCCAUUGCUGGUGCCUUUCUCCUGGGGAGGACUCCCAGCCCACAGCUGUGCUCACAGCAGUAACUGAGCAUAAUGUCUUUGCAAUUGCUUGCUUCACCAUUGCUGAGGAAAGUCCUGGAGGAAACUCCACGGGAUUACCUAAAGAAAAGGAGCGGGGACCCACAGACUCGGCCCAGUUCUACUGCUGGUUCACUGCUGGGUGCUGAGGGUAGUGCAGAGCUUGGGGCUCCUGUAGCACCUCCAUCCCAUCCCCUCCUGCUGUGACUGUGCUGCAGAGUGCCAACUCUGCCCGCCGCGAUGCCUGCAGCUCCAUCAGAGCACACGUCUCGUUCUGCAAGGGGUGCAGCUGCAUUGCACCACUGUUGCCUUUUCCAUCACUUUGCCCAAAUUCAUGGUCUUUGAGGCCGAAUCCUACUUAUAGAAAAAGACAUCAGUUGGACUAUUGUCACUGUUUUCACUUUCUUCUUUCUUUUUCUUGAUUGGAACUGCGAUCUGCCCCAAACACACGGAACACAGAGGACAGAGACCCACGAGACGCUGCCACUGGGGCUGGGCAGUGGUGACACCGCACUGCCGUGAGAUGCAGUGCAGGAUGUGACCCCAAUACUGACAUCACUGUGCUGGGCUGAGUGACACCGUCUGUGUCGUAACCAACCAGGGGAGCCCACCUGGGCUCAGGACAAAGACAGAGCCCAUUAUACUACACUGGGGGCAAUGAAACACCCCAACCCACGCCCGGACCCCCGUGAGCCCUCAGCCCUGCUGUGCCCCACACAGCCCCCCCUGCUCCACACUCCGCUCUUGUGUAACUUCAGAUCUGUUGUUGUUCAAAGUGCAGUGAAGGCAGAAUUUUGUUUGUGGGAGCGCUGCUGUACGCUGCAUUCGGCUUUUAUUUCAGUUGUGUGCAUGAGAAAUGCUGCUUGGUGUGACAAAUAAUAGGGGUUGAAGAUGCCAAGAAUAAUUGGGUAAUUUAAAAAUGGAUGAGGCUGUGUGUUGGUAAUUCACAGAGGCUGUUUUUCACAGUCAGAUUUUUGCUAUUAAUUAUCUGAACUGUUAUUUCUUUUACCCAUCGCUGACUGAUCUCUUCAGAUACGUCUCUUUGGGUCUCUUAAAACUAAAUUUCAUCUGGUUAAUGUAUUUCUCAAAGCAAGGCACUAAUAAAGCCCCGUGUCCUCCUC